GAUUUCCCCAUUCUCAACACAAACCCUAGGUCGAAACCCUAGCUGCAGGGAUGCAAAUAUUCGUAAAAACUCUUACGGGGAAGACCAUCACCCUUGAGGUGGAGUCUUCUGACACCAUUGAUAACGUCAAGACCAAGAUACAGGACAAGGAGGGCAUUCCACCGGAUCAGCAGCGUCUCAUCUUCGCCGGAAAGCAACUCGAGGACGGCCGCACUCUCGCCGACUACAACAUCCAGAAAGAGUCCACUCUCCACCUCGUCCUCCGUCUCCGCGGUGGCGCCAAGAAGCGCAAAAAGAAGACUUAUACGAAACCUAAGAAAAUCAAACACAAGCAUAAAAAGGUGAAGCUGUCUGUCUUGCAAUUCUAUAAGGUGGAGGACUCCUCUGGCAAGGUGCAGAGGCUCCGCAAGGAGUGCCCGAACGCCGAGUGCGGCGCAGGAACCUUCAUGGCCAAUCAUUUUGAUCGUCACUACUGCGGAAAGUGCGGUCUAACUUAUGUCUACCAGAAGGCCGCUGCCUAAUCAUUAAUGUAUUAGUUUUCUUAUUAUUAUUUUUAGAUUUUAAAGUUUUGUUUCAUGUUUUGUUCCUGUAAUUAAACUUUUAUUAAUACUUUAUCGAUUUGGAUUAGCAUUCAUAUUUUGUUAAUUCCGUUUAUGCGGUGUUUGAUCCAAUGGUUGCCGAUUGAGAUCGGGAAAUCCUGUUUAUUCCUCUUGUUUGAGUAAUAGAUGUUUUUGAAGUUUUGUAUUCUAUGUUAA